UUCGCACCCCGCAGCCUCCUCCCCAACAGGCAGUUAGGGCGGAUGGUGGAAGUGGCCAGGCGAUGCGGAGGUCCUUGGGGCGAGGAAGGAGGGAGCUUCUGCCCGAAGCAUCGGGAGCCCCUGAAGCUCUUUUGUAGGGACCACGAGACCCUCAUCUCCGUGGUCUGCGACCGAUCCAAAGAGCACAAGGGCCACUCGGUGAUCCCUCUGCAGGAGGCUUUCCAGGAAUACCAGAUAGGAUUCAGCCAGGAGGAAUCACUGCAGGGAGCCAUUCAGAUCCUUGGUCUUCCUGCCUGGUGCAGAACCAUCAGUCAGAACCAGACUGGAGAGAAGAUUCAAGGAGCUUUUAUUGAAGUACUUCACUCUUGUUCUUCUUCCUUUCUUCUUCUCUUCCCCCUUAGAGAGAAUGUAAUUCUGGAUCCAGACCCUGCCCACCCUGACCGCCUUGACAUCUCUGAAGAUCGAAAAAGUGUCAAAGGACUUAAUCCAGUUAAAAAAAUAAAUGAUGUCGCAAACUGCAAGAGAUUUGAAUAUAAUCCUUAUGUCCUUGGCUGUCAGGAGUUUUCCACAGGGAGGCAUUUCUGGGAAGUUAUUAUAGGAGACAGAGCAGGAUGGGGUGUAGGGGUUGCCAGCAAGGCACUGAACUUAAGAAAUUUUGAUGUGCAGACCAGACACUGGCAGAUUGGGGAAUGGGAAGGGAAAUACAUGGCCAUUUCUCCGUCAGAACGCUUUGACUUGGUCCUGACUGAGAGGCCCACGAGGGUCUGCAUCUGCCUUAACUGCGAAGAGGGGCAAGUGAACUUUUUUGAUGCCAGGACCGCAGCUCUGCUCCAUACAUUCUCAGAGGCUUCCUUGGUUGGAGAGACUCUUCUGCCCUGUUUCUUUUUGCACGAUGGCGUCUGGCUGGCACUCCCCUAAAAGAAGGGAUCCCCAUAGGCAAACCUUUGGAAAAUCCCUAUUUGCCAAGCAGGGAUCUCUGAAAGCCUUUAAAGCAGAGAUUCCUUAGCUUUUUGCUACUUCAGCUUCCUUUAUUGUGUAUUCUAUGCCACCCCAAAUUGCUUGCAGUUGUGGAGCCUUGGAAACUGAAGGAACGGGUCAGUCAGUCGAUCUAAAAAAUGAGGUGUCCAAUAAAAGCUUGAUAGUCUGUAAUGUCAUUUCUUCAGGUGUGUCGAUAUUAAAGAUAGCUUAUUUUACAGCUGAACCCAGAAAUCAUGGGUUUUUAAUGUCCAUCACAGCUCUCUUGCCCAUUUAUGUAUAAAGUUUGUUUGUUUAAUGUUGAGUUGCAAUCCGUGAUUGUGUAGGUUCCCAUAAUUCAGUAUAUUCUGUAAUCUUUUCCUACUUUUUUUUCUUUCCUCCCUGCUUUUUUCCGUUUCAGUUUAAAUCACAUAACCCUAGCAGGGCUUCAGCAAGUAGAGCCUCAUAGGGUUUUUUAUUUUUAUUUUACAGAUCUGUUUCUGUCUUUUUAUACUUAUGUAAAUUAUCUACAACAAUGGGAUUACCGAUUGUAGGAGUGAUUGUAAUUUUGUAAGGGUCUCAUGGAUUGUAGUUCCUUCCCUUGCAAUUUUAUGUCAAUAAAUGUAUUUUUACCUCAUUUUAUUUGCCAAUAUGAGAUUUUAUUUCUACUUUAGAGUGGUGGUAUUACUUUUAUGCUGUUUGAAAUAAAAACAAUUCAGUGAUUAUUCAGUGUAAUACUGUAUGCACAUAGAAAGAGAAGAUGCACAGAAGAUAGUAGACAAAAAUAAAACAUACCAUCUGUUAUCAAGAUAGGAGAUGUGAGAGCUAUGUGAGAGCUAUGUGGACUUCUCAGGGUGCCGUCCACCAAACAAUGCCGGCUGGCGGCCCCCAGGGGAAGGGCCUUCUCUGUGGGGGCGCCCACACUCUGGAACGAGCUUCCCCCGGGUCUACGUCAAAUACCUGACCUUCGGACAUUUCGUCACGAACUAAAAACACACCUCUUUAUUCGCGUGGGGCUGGCUUAAAUUAGUUUUAUUGGGAAAUUUUAUCAAUUUUAAACGGGGUUUUUAGUAUGGAAAUUCUUAAUUUCAGGCUAAUUUAAAUAAGUUUUUUAAUGGUAUUUUAAUCUUUAUAUUGUAUUGUUUUAUUUUGCCUGUACACCGCCCUGAGUCCUUCGGGAGAAGGGCGGUAUAAAAAUCAAAUAAAUAAAUAAAUAAAUAA